UGUUUCCUCGCAUUUCUUACCAAACAGGAGAAGAAGAAUACCAUCAAUUUCCUUCUCCGUUAGAGGCUGCGACAAUGAUGAUGAUUCGCACCAAUUCUCAUCUUCAUCACGCUUUCUUCAAACUCAGAUGUAAUUUCAUCACCAAUUCUUUAACAACCCCUCUUCGUCUUCCCGAUUAGGUUUAGAUUUCAGUCCUCACUCCACUUCUUUAGCUUCUCUUCUUCACUCCACUUCCUUUUCAAAUAAUGGGGAUCCUCCUCUGUCUAGGUAUCAAAAAGUUACCAGCUUGGAUGAUGCCUUUAACCUGUUCGAUGAAAUGAUCCAGAGAAAACCCCUCCCAUCUGUUAUCAAGUUUAAUCAGUUGUUGAAUGCUGUUUUCUUAUAGCAGUUUACUGAAUGGGUAUUAUCCAGAGAAAGAGUUUGAAUGGGUAUUGCAAGAGUUUGAAAAUAGAAGAGGCCAUGCAUAUGUUUCAUGAGAUAACAAGAAAAGGUUUGAAACCUGAUAUAGUCAGUUACAGCACCAUGUUACAGGGAUUGUUUAGGGUUGCACGCUGUGGAGAUGCACGAAAGCUCUUUGAUGAGAUGCGAGCAGCAGGCCAGAUUCCAAAUGAAUACACAUAUGGAGUAAUUUUAGAUGGCCUUUGCAACAACCAUCAAGUAGGAGAGGCGCUCUCUAUGUUUCAUUUGGUGGGUGAGAGCAAGCUAAAUUAUAAUGUCGUGGUGUACACAAUCCUUAUUGAAGGUGCAAGCAAAUGUGGGAAGCUUGAUACUGCGAAGACUCUUUUCCAUGACCUAACUUUAAAAGGUUUGCAGCCUAACGUGCGAACAUUUAACAUAAUGAUCAGUGGCCUCUGUAGAGAAGGUCAGCUAAAGGAAGCAAAGCUCUUGUUUCUUAAAAUGGAUGAGAGUGGCUGCCCACCAGAUAGUGUUACCUACAAUGUUCUUCUCCAAGGAUAUCUUAGGAACAAGCGCUUUGAUGAUGUAGAGAUGCUUUUACAUGAAAUGGAUGGAAGGAGUUACUCACUUGAUGCUUCGAGUUUAUCUUUGUUGAUAGAUCAAAUCGCAGCUGGUUCACUAGAUCGACGUAUGAUUGAGUUGAUAGGUAGGCUUGUGCCAAAAGAAAUGAUGAGCAUUCCUGCCUAGAUCUGUUGGAGAUUCUGUUGAUCCAGGUCAACACAUUUUAGAAACCAUCAUUCUUCCGUUCGCUCCAAAGGUAUCACUCGCGUAUGUGACUGUUGUAGAAAGUUGCUUUUAGUUUGGUAAGAAUCAUGAUUCACCAUGUAUCUUGCAACUGUUUGACUUUUCAAGGUUGACUAUCCACAAAACAACCUGUUGGACUUUUCAAGGUUGACUAUCCACAAAAUGUUAUAUGUAAUACAUGGGAAUCUUGAGGGGAUGGUAAUGCCAUAUUAUUUAUAUUGCUUAUGCAAAUUUAAUUC